UAUGGGCAGGAGUCUUUCUCUAAUACAUAUCUCACUGAAUGUGAUAGCUAGUUGAGCAUCUUAGGCCCCUUUCAGACGUAUCGACUUUACGCCGUCCGCCGUCUAGGACCCAGCGCCGUGCAUUCCAGAGAGAGCGCCGUGGUGUCGACGGCGGGCGCCGUUGACACAACGGCACGGCCUGUGCCGUCCACCUGCCAGUUGCCUCCAUUCUUUCAUCAUGGACACACAGGACCACCUGCUCUACCUAUAUUACUUAUAUUUAAAAAGAAAAAAACAACGUUCACACAGCAGAAAGUGGGUCCAUAAUAUCAAUGUUGCCAGACCAGUGGUUGGAGCUUUUGUCACACUGUAUGAGGAACUCAGAAGAGAUACAAAAAAGUUUUUCAACUACUUCAGAAUGAGCAAAGAAUCAUUCGAUGAGCUCCUCAACAGGUUGAGUCCUCUACUUUGCCAUCAAAAUUCCAGGAUGAGAGACGCCAUUUCACCAACAGAAAGACUUGCUGUUACAUUAAGAUACCUGGCAAGUGGCAACACUUUUACGGAUCUACACUAUAGUUAUCGAAUGGGUGUGUCGACCAUCUCUUCGAUUGUGCAAGAGGUUUGUGGCAACAUAUGGGUGACCCUGAAUCACGAAUGUAUACCACCACUAUCAGAGGAAAGGCUGGAGGGCAUUGCUGCUGGCUUCCAUAGGAAAACUCAAUUUCCACAUUGUAUAGGGGCAGUGGAUGGCAAACACAUCAGGAUCAUUAAGCCAUGUGACAGCGGGUCUUUGUUUUGGAACUACAAGGACUUUUACUCAAUGGUAUUGCUGGCCGUGGCUGAUAGUGAGUAUAGAUUUGUGUUCGUGAACAUUGGUGCUUAUGGGAAAGACUGUGAUUCAUCAUUGUUUAAGGAGACACAGCUUUGGAGAGACAUUGCUAACAAUGAUCUCCCUAUCCCCAAGCCAAAGCCCUUGUCUGAGUCUAUACCAGGUUGCACUCCAUAUGUGUUUGUUGGAGACGAAGGAUUUGGUAUUCACAUGAAUCUUAUGCGACCUUACUCAGGGAAAAUUAUGGAUCAGCAAAAAAGAGUUUUCAACUACCGGUUGAGUAGAGCAAGGAGGUACGUAGAAUGCUCAUUUGGGAUAUUGUCUAAUAAAUGGAGAGUAUUCCAUAGGCCACUCAAUGUGUCAGUGGAACUGAGUAUGAAAAUUGUACAGGCAUGUUGUGUACUGCACAAUUUUGUGAGAGAGCGAGAUGGUUACAACUUCGAAGACACACUCACAAUCGAAGGAUUUAAUGCCGUUCCAUACAUGGAGGGUGAACGCGGAAACAAAUCUGGUAAUGAUAUCCGCAAAGCUUUUGCUGAGUACUUUAUGACACAAGAAGGGUCAGUUGCGUGGCAGUGGAAAAUGUAAAGAAGACAAUGAUGAUGUAUAGGAGUAACCUGUUAGCCUGUUACAUUAUACAAGACUUAGCUGAUUAUGACUGUAUACUAAGGUAGUAUUUAUUGUAUACCUAAGCAUGUAUCGCAUGUAUGUCUUCAUACUUAUGUAUCAGUAUAACUAAUAUUUUCAUUAUAUAUGAAUCACCAGCCAUAUGAACAUUUUUUUUAGUUGGAGCAUAGAG